AUGCUCAACAAAUAUGUAUUUCGUUGUAAGAAAUGCGGUUCAACGCUAUUUACAACGGAACACAUAAUUCAUCACAAAAGAUUUAAUGGAAGUAAAGAAUUUAACCCAGAGAAUAAAAAUGACUUGUGUACAUCAUAUUUUAUUUCAAACAUCUCCUGGAUGGAAGGUUACACCGGGCAAAAUGGUAGGAUAGUUUGCCCAAAUCAAUUUUGUGGCUCAAAAUUAGGAUACUAUUGUUGGUUUGGCGAGAAGUGUUCUUGUGGAUACUGGCAAACACCGUCAUUCCAAAUUCAUAAAUCUAAAGUUGAUUAUCUUCCAGAUUCUCAAAGACAAAACAAUAUUAAUAUUACAAUUAUAGAAUGA